AUGACGGCUGAGGGUGCGCAGAAUCUAUCCCAACCGUACGCCAUUGAGAGUGCAGCCUAUGUGCUUCACAGCACUGCUGUAUGCAAACAGGAGAGCAUUAGCCUGCUUCGGACGCGGCAGGGAAUUGUUUGCUCAAAGCCUGGUGGUGGACACAGUUGUGUCAUUGGACCUGAUGGUAGACGCUUGACUAAGCGUCUCGGUAAUGGACCUGAUGGUAUAAAGUAUUUGGGGCCUAUUGGUGUUGGCCUUGAUACUCUGGGAGGUAUCAUAUUUGCUGAUUUGGACUUGACGAACUGCGUCACAGCUCGGGGUUUCUUGGAUAUUGUUGGCCACUAUAGCCGGCCGGACCUCCUUAGGCUUGGUGUGGACAGCCGACAAAAGGAGCCGGUAGUUUCGAGAGGCUCUGUUCAGUACCUAGAUGGAGGAGAGUAA